AUCAGAGAGGCUUUUUAUAACAGAGGUGGAAGGGGUUGUGUUCUCGCAAUCCACACAAAGACGACACGACACGAUACGAUACACCGCGACCUCUUAAAAUCUUCUUUCUCUGUAUUCAUUAAUUCAUUCGGAGUUGAUUGGAAAUUGGAAUCAUGGGUUUGCAAAGCGAACUAAACGACGUGUCGUCGGGUUCGAUUCCGCUGCUGGUGUUGGCGCAGAUAGCCAUGUUCGUCAACUACCUCCGCUCGAUGCUCUUCGCGCUGUUGCAAUCCCUAGGUCUCGCCCGAUUCCACACGCACCAGAUCGUCGACGACCGCUUCCUCGCCGCCGUCGGAUCCGGCCUCGCCGGCCUCAUCAUGCUCUCCGAUCAGCUCGCCCUCAACAACCAAUUAUUCUUCUACAAAGGAGCCGCCCACGACCACACCUGCGUGGUGUGCCAGGCCACCUUCCAGGACGGCGACCAGCUCCGCAUGCUCCCCUGCCGCCACGUCUUCCACCGCCCCUGCUUCGACGGCUGGCUCCACCACUACAAGUUCAACUGUCCUCUCUGCCGCUCCCCGCUCCUUUCCGACGAGCGCGUGGCCCUCACCGAACGCCGCCUCGGCCAACAACUCAUCUCUUGGUUCUCCCUUCACUGAUGCGGCGCCGUUUCCGUUUUCCAAUCUCCCACUUUUACCCCUCUUUCGCGAUCACUUUUUACAGACCUGGACGCGGUUUCUUUUCUUUUUUUCGUUUUUUACUUUCCCUCCUUUUUUUUUUAAUAUUGGUCUUUUUAUUUUUUUUGUAGGGUUUUAAUAUUACUAUUAUUAGGCUAGAUUUUUUGUUUCUUUUUAUCUUAUUAACAGUAGUUCUGGUGAAGGUAUUUUUUGAAGGGUUUUCUAGCGUCUGAGAAUCCUUUUUUAUCUACUGUAAAUUUUGCACUCCUGUGUGUCUAUUCUAAUAAUCGGAGAUAUUAGAAAGUUUAUGCACAAA